AUGAAUUCUAGACAAUCAUCAUCGGAAGAACUUUCUAUUGAAGAAGUUGAUAGUCAUUCCCAAAGAGACCAUGAAAGAUCUCAAGCAGUAUCACCAACUUUCCAAAAUGAAUUUAUUUCAUCUUCUUCUCCGAUGAUUCAAAAAUCAUCAGGUGAACGUUUUGAUCCAGCUACUCUCCCUCUUUCAUCAGGAAGUGGAUUUAUGGCCAACUUGAAUUUAAUGUGGUCAUAUAUAACUGAAGUUAGUACUAGACCAAAGUGGUACUCAUUCAUUUCACCACAAGGAAAGGAAUAUUUACAAUCCAUCAUGAGAGCAAAACGUGAACAACAAGCCCUUGCUGCUGCCAAUAAUAAUAGUGCUGACACUCCAAACUUGGUUGCUGCUCUCUACAAGUUUGAUGUUCAAAACAAUUCCGUAGCUGAAAAUUAUAUUUUGAAUCCUUUCUGGAAUUUCAUUACUAGUAGAAUUUUCCCAGAGUGGUUAGCUCCUAAUGCAAUCACUCUUUCUGGGUUCUUUUGUGUUGCCCUAGUUUUUACAAUUUCCGUUAUUAAUUAUUAUUCCUAUGUGAUAACUUCAGUUACAUCACAAGCUUUUUAUAACUUUACAUUACUUUUAAUUUCAUUAUUGAUUUUCUGUUAUAAUACAUUGGAUGGAUGUGAUGGAAAACAAGCUAGAAGAACUGGUAGUAGUAGCCCUUUAGGAGAAAUCUUUGACCAUGGUGUCGAUGCUUUGAGUUUGACAAUUUUACCAUUGUCUUUCCUCAUUGUCUUAGGAGAAACACCGUUCAGAAUAGCUUCAAGCGAAUUUGGAUACUUUAUCGGUGAUAUUAUUGUGCCUGCUCUUCAUAUUGUUAUGAUGUUUGCCUUCUACACUGCUCACUGGGAACACUAUCACACUGGAAGAUUUUACAUGGGUUUUGUUUCUGCUAGUGAUGGUCAAUUUGCUGUUAUUGGUGCACAUUUGGCUGCUUUCAUUUAUAACAUUAUUGUUCCAAGCUAUUCAGUUGUUGGAUUGGGUAAUAUUUCAUUCCUAGGAGCUAAUGUUGGAUUUUGGGUUAUUUUACUCACCAUGUUUAGUUCUGCAAUGUCUCCAAUCACUUCAAUUUAUCAUGUUUUCAAUUUCUACAAACAAAAGUCAAAGACAGUUUCAUUGGACGAGGAUAGCAAUAAUGAGCCUAUUGAUUUGGAAUCUGGUUUGCAAACCAAGGAAUUCAAAGAUUCUCAAAAGAGUAAUAUCAUCAAAACCAAACAAGAAAUUGGUACUGCCACAUUGGAUUUAGGUGUUUUGGUAGUUAUGGCUGUUUUAUAUUUAUGUAUGAGUCUUAUUGCUAGAGUUAUUCCAUCUGAUGUUAUUGGUGAUAGAUCAUUCUAUCAAACUCACUGGAUUGGAAUUAUGGUUGUUGGUGGUUUUGCUUUUGGCAUCUUCUUGACAACAAUGAAUAUUGCCCGUGUCAGUAAUCAACCUUAUCCAAGAUAUACUAAGCAAUAUCUUGUCAUUGUCCUUCCAAUGAUUGUCUUUAUCUUGAAUGGACUUACAGUUAUUUUCUCAAAAACUGGUGCAACUCUCAUUAAUUCAGUUGCCCUCCUUUCUAUUUCCAUUGUUUGGUCUGCUUUGGCUUAUUCAUUCUUUGCUGUUUCUGUUGUAAGAGAAUUGUGUACAAAUCUUGGAAUUUAUGCUUUCAGUCUUGCCAAGAGAAAUAUGGGUGUUGAAAUUCCAACUCUCUCCCCUCUUGUAAGCAGUAUUACUUCACCAACCACAAGUACUGAUGACAAUGAAAGCUCUCCAACUAGAAGAUUGUCUCCAUCCAGAGAACAACUUGUGUAA